GCUUCUCUAAGCUUUUCGUUCACGCUCUCGCCUUCCACUACACGCGCUCGUUCUCAAUCUAACUCUUGAUUCCACGACUCAAAAUGGAUGAGGAUUUAGAUAUCCCGGCGGCCGACGAUAUGAUGAACGACGAAAUGGGUCUUCACGACGAGGCUCCCAUUAUGAAGGUCGGAGAAGAAAAGGAGAUCGGAAAGCAAGGCUUGAAGAAGAAACUUGUUAAGGAAGGUGAAGGUUGGGAGAAUCCUGAAAGCGGCGACGAAGUCGAAGUUCAUUAUACGGGGACAUUGCUAGAUGGAACUAAGUUCGAUUCCAGCCGUGAUAGAGGGACUCCUUUUAAGUUCACUCUCGGUCAAGGACAAGUUAUUAAAGGAUGGGAUGAAGGUAUUAAGACGAUGAAGAAAGGAGAAAAUGCUAUUUUUACCAUUCCUCCUGAGCUGGCAUAUGGUGAACCUGGCUCGCCACCAACCAUUCCUCCUAAUGCAACCCUCAAAUUUGAUGUUGAAUUGCUAUCUUGGUCUAGCGUCAAGGACAUAUGCAAGGAUGGCGGGUUAUUUAAGAAGAUACUUACUGAAGGACAGAAAUGGGAGAAUCCAAAGGACCUUGAUGAAGUGCUAGUUAACUAUGAAGCUAAGCUCGAGGAUGGAACAGUGGUGGCAAAAGCUGAUGGCGAGGAGUUCACGGUUAAGGAUGAUCAUUUCUGUCCUGCAUUGGCUAAAGCUGUUAAGACCAUGAAGAAAGGGGAGAAAGUACUUCUUACAGUGAAGCCACAAUAUGGCUUUGGUGAGAAGGGGAAGCCAGCUGCCGGUGUUGAAGGUGCAGUGCCUCCAAAUGCUACACUCCAGAUUACCUUGGAGUUGGUUUCAUGGAAAACUGUGACUGAGGUAACUGAUGACAAGAAGGUUAUAAAGAAGAUCCUGAAGGAAGGGGAGGGAUAUGAGCGCCCAAAUGAGGGGUCUGUUGUUGAAGUCAAGUUGAUUGGGAAGGUACAAGAUGGUACUGUCUUCUUGAAGAAAGGUCAAGCUGAAGGAGAAGAGUUGUUCAAGUUCAAUACAGAUGAGGAGCAAGUCAUUGACGGUCUUGAUAAAGGUGUGAUGACGAUGAAAAAGGGUGAAGUAGCUCAGCUGACUAUUGCACCUGAGUAUGCUUUUGGGUCAUCUGAGUCAAAGCAGGAGCUGGCUGUGGUUCCCCCUAACUCAACCGUGUACUAUGAAGUUGAGAUGGUAUCAUUCAUCAAGGAUAAAGAAUCAUGGGAUAUGAACACCACAGAAAAGAUUGAAGCAGCUGGUAAAAAGAAGGAAGAAGGAAAUGUAUUCUUCAAGGCUGGUAAAUAUGUGAAAGCUUCCAAGAGAUACGAGAAGGCUGUGAAGUAUAUCGAUUAUGAUACAUCCUUCAGUGAAGAGGAGAAAAAGCAGUCAAAGGCAUUGAAGGUUGCUUGCAAUCUGAACGAUGCCGCCUGCAAGCUGAAACUAAAGGACUACAAGCAAGCUGAGAAAUUGUGCACCAAGGUUUUGGAAUUAGAAAGUUCAAACGUGAAAGCCUUGUAUAGAAGGGCUCAAGCAUACAUCCAUCUAGCAGAUUUAGAUUUGGCAGAGUUUGAUAUCAAGAAAGCUCUUGAACUUGAUCCUGAUAACAGGGAGAUUAAGAUGGAGUACAAAGUUUUGAAAGAGAAGAUCAAGGAGUACAAUAAGAAGGAAGCCAAAUUCUAUGGCAAUAUGUUUGCCAAGAUGAACAAAGUGUAGACUGCCAAUAGAUCAGCUGCCAAGGAAGGUGCUCCAAUGGGCAUAGAUAGCAAGGCAUAGGUGGGACCGUUGGAGAGUGGGAUCAAAACCGUUUUAGCUACUCUUGUUUUAUUGUUGACAUUAAGAAUGUUAUGAUUGCUGAAUAAUGAAUUAUUGUGUUCGGUAUGAGUGGUACUUUUGACUUGCUUGUGCUUGAUGCGGUCAAAAGCUAAUGUUUAACCAUUUUUACAACUGGUGGGAGUUGUUUCAAAUCUUGAAUUCUGUGAGAA